AUGGCGGGUGCCCAUCUUGCCCAUCUUGCCAACAAUGCAUCGCUGCCGCCCUUUCUGCUCUCCCAUUCGCGCUCAGCCCCCUGCCAGCCAGCCCUGGCCGCGCAACUUGGAAACCUAUCCCGUAAAACCCGCCUGCUGUCUCACCUCUGUCGCAAGUGCGCUGUUCGGCCUUGUUGCCGCCUCGUCGGACGCGCGAGCGGGCGCCGCGGGGGCGAGUCGCCCCGGCUACGUUUGCUCGGCGUUAGCGUCCGCCUGACGCCGCACGCGGGCCCCGCGUGCCGCGUCCAACGCUGCGUUCCCCGGCCCCUUUGA